AUGCAGGCUGGACUGGGCGUAAUCCACACCUAUACCUAUCGGUACUUGCCUCCACACAAAUCCAGAGCCGCCUACAGGGAGAGUGAUAAACGACCGGAAGUGGUGGCGUAUGUUAAAAAUGACAACCACGCAGGUGAUAUCGUCAACGAUGAGAAAUCGGCUUAUCUUCACGGCGCUCGGUUUUGGAUGGUCAGCAUUCUUAACGGGGUCAUGUUGUUCUUGGUUCAAACGGAAAUUUCGAUCGUCACAACUUCCCUUGUUGCCAUUGCAGAAGAUCUUGGGCGGCUUGAUAUCUCAAGCUGGAUCCUGUCGAGCUAUCUACUGGGAUAUGGGCUGGGCGGAGGCGGAAACUAUGCCCUAAGCACGAUUAUGAUUGUGGAAAUGGUUCCUCCCCACAAGUAUGGCACACAAGUCGCAUAUACAGGCAUAGCCAUCAUCUUGGCGACGGUCCUAGGUCCGAUUAUUGGGGGUGCAAUCAGCUCUAACACUAGUUGGCGUUACAUAUUUAUCUUCAACGUUCCCGUUGGUGCCGUUGGGUUUGCUCUCGCAUGGGCUGGCAUUCCAAACGGGUUUCCCCGCCAGCACUACUCCGCCAAACUUCCAAAGCUGAAUGAGGUGAUGUCCAGGCUUGACUUCCCCGGAAGCGGUUUACUACUGCUCGCCACCACCUCAUUCACUGCAAGCUUCCAGGAAGCCGGCUCGCAGUUCUCAUGGGAUUCAGCUUAUGUCAUAACGCUCCUGGUUGCUUCGGUUAUCCUGUGGCUGUCAUUGCUUCUAUGGGAACGUCAUGUCACAAUUGGUACGAAGCCCAGGGAACCUGUUCUCCCAUGGCGUUUCGUUCGGAGCCGAACAAUGGGGGGCAUCCUAAUCGGCGUCGUGCUUUUGGGAGGCCCCUUGACUGUGCCAACAUUCCAGCUUCCUCAAAGAUUCCAGCUUAUCAAUGGGCUAUCUCCCCUUGACGCCGGUGUGCGCCUCAUUCCUUUUGGUGGUGCGGUACCCCUCGGAACCAUCGCGAGUGUACAGAUCGCUGGUAAAAUGCGAGUACCGGCAAUAUUCCUUUUAAUGGCCGGUGCGCUGUUCCAAGUUGUCGGUUUUGCCCUUCUCGGCACUUUGAACCCGUCUGCUCAGGUCCCUGCUUCUGUUUAUGGCUACCAAGUGAUAGCUGGAGUCGGAUGUGGGAUUUGCUUCCAGAUGCUGUUUCUUGCAAUUCCUUUCACAGCCGAAAAGCGUGAUCAAGCUGUUGGCUUGGGACUUGCCACCCAAUCUAGAGCCAUGGGAAGUGCCAUCUUUGUUGCCAUUGUCACGGCCGUAUUUAAUGGAUACGUGAUGUAUCAACUAGCUCAAGUCGGAGUUGGUGACUUGGACAGUAUAUCUGGACUGGGAUCUCAGGGCCACCAGCCCCUGGAGGCCUCCCUGCAGGAUGCUGUGAGGAGGAUCUUAUCGGAAGGAUACAAUCGCCAAAUGCUUGUUCUCAGUGCUAGCGGAGCGGCUCAGUUCCUGACAGCUUUCCUCCUCUGGCAUAAAAAUCAAAUUCGUGUAGCGUGAGAGCCCGGAGAGAACCGCUCGUUAGAAAAUCUCUGUAUAUUGGUAUAUUUACUCUAGACCAACUACGCUUUAGGCCCCACCAGGUUCUAUACAUCUCGCCUACUUGCAAUCUAGAUAAGAGCAAGCUUGUUGUGAAUCCCUUCCUUAGGACUUUUAGAUACAGUAUCAUAAGAAGGGAGCUUUAAAUCAUACAUUUGAUUAUACUCUUCCAAUUGUGCGUUCGAUGGCUCUUACUGUGUCUUGAACCUUCUCACCGCAGCUGGCACCUGGUAUGUCAUGACCUAAUUCAUGAACCACGACUUCUCUUACGGUGGGCUCAAAGAGGUCCGCGAUUCUCUGCGAUGCACAAUUGGCGACUUUGUCUCGUGAAGACCAUAUAUGGGCGGUUGGAAUAGUCACCAGGACUCGGUCUGUCUCAGGAUCUAGCAGUCUGAGGUUACUUGGGCUGG